GAUUUCUAGAAGUAACCUUAUCCAAUAUGGUUCCUACCACAACAAAGUAGUCGGCUAUUUGUUUUAUAAAUAUGUAUUGUGAUUAUUAUGAUACUACAUAGAAAAUGAAGUUGUCCAAUAGUUAUUGGCCUUAGGAAGUAGUGAUAUUCGAUAUUCCCUCAUUGCGAACUUAUAGGAGUGAAUAACUUCGAGGCGCCAUGAUAUGCCAAGCCCAUUAUCCUUUGGUGUUAUUUCUUUUUUAUUUAUUUUUGACAUAUCGUAUUGUUAAGAGCAAUCCUCUAGAUGAGGAAGAUAAAGAUUUGAACAUAACCAUCGAAGUACUUAAACAUGAAAUACCAAACCAGUUGCCACUUGGUGAAAAUAUCACCAUUAUUUGUAAGACGAAAUGGAUGUCAAGUGAAAUGAUGUGGAUGUUCAAUGACAAAGAUGUAUCGGAACAAGAAGGUUUCAAACUUGAAAUGGAAAGCGAAAAUAUCAACAAAGAAUCCGGAAAUAAAUUUGAAGUAUCCAUUUUGCAUAUUUUGAAUAUCGGCUUCAAUCAUGUUGGAAAUUACAAAUGUCAUGCAAUUAUGAAAAGAAAUGAAAGUGAUUAUGAUUUAGAUCUCCGUCAGAUACUUCUGAAUGUUACUUCACCUGCUCAAAUAGUACAAAUAUCUAAACCAGUCUACACAAAGAUGCAUGAGAACGUGGAAUUAUUUUGUAUAGUUAGUGGUUAUCCCAUUGAAGAAAUUAAAUGGCUGAAGGACAAUGAACCUUUGACUGAUAUUGAAUGGGAUGUAAAUACUAUAAAUGUUACUCAUAAAAAUACUUCACUCAAGCUUGAGGUAACUAAAAAAGAUAAUGGAACGUAUACCUGUUUUGUGCACACACCAAUUUCACAAGCAAAUAACUCAACCGACAUAUUUGUACUUGACAAGCCACAAAUCACUCUUGAUUUUAUCAAGCCUAUAGGCACAAAUAAAAUAUAUUUCAAUUGGACUGUAAAUGACGGAAACAGCCCAAAUGAUUUGAAAUACAUAAUAAAGUACAAAUCCGAAGAAGACAAGGAAUGGACAUACUAUCAAGAUAUGAUAAAUCCGAAUAGUACAUCGUUAGUACUCACUGUGCAAAAUAACACAGGGUCUGUUGCCAAGAAUGGCUCACUGUACACUGUUAGAAUAAUGGCAAAGAAUUCCCAAGGAGAUAGCAUGUAUUCCACCAGUAGCUUAGUCAAAUUACUAGACGAGGAACCAAUAUUUGUACCAAGAGUCACUGUGACUGGAGUUACAUCCAGCUCAAUCACUAUCAAGUGGACUGCACCUCCUGAAAAGUUUAAAGAUCAUAUACACUUUUACCAUCUUAUUUUGAAACCAUAUAAUACAACUGAGAAGUUUGAAGCUGUCCAACCAGCAACUAAGGACUACCUUUACAUGUUUUCAGACUUGAAUUCUGCCACUACAUAUAACUUCAAAGUGGCAGCUUGUAGUGACUACAGCAAAGAAUGUGGUCCAUGGUCAGAUGUUGUCAAUGGUACUACUAUGGAUGGUAUAGCUGGUCCACCUUCCAACGCUUCGAUUGAUUGUAGAUUUGACAAUAUCAGCCAUACUAAUUUUGUAUUUGUUUCCUGGCAGCCUCCUAAGGACCCUCAUGGGACCAUCAUGUCAUAUAGUGUGACAUUAGAAGGUUCUGCGUCAUUUGUAAAUGACCAGGGACAUAUAGAAAACAUUACUUGGGGUCCAAAAUCCACAAGCAUCAAAGAAGUCACUCUAAGUACUCGUUUCUACAAUGUUUCUGCUAAUACCAAUUACACUGUGAGAAUUUCUGGAGUUACUCGACUAAGAAAAAAUGGACACCCUGUCACAUUGUAUUGCACUAUGCCUCCAACUUUACCAGAUAAGCAAAAAUUAGCCAGGUACCACUGGAAAAAAAUGGAAGAGCAGGGAAAGUGGAUGUUCAAACUAUUCAUGCCCAGAGUGUCGGAAAGAAAUGGACCCAUUUGUUGUUAUCGUGUUUAUUUGGUUCGCAUGGAAUCUCAGCAGAAACUUUCUGACCUGCCUAUUCCCGAAGAUUUAACGAUUAUGUCAUACCAAGAAGCACACCGUACUCCUAGGGGUGGAGCUUAUGUAGCUGAAAUGUUCACCAGUUCUACUUUUCAUCCAGAAGUCUUCCUUGGUGAUGAGCAAGUUUAUAAUUCCUCAAACUCACAAUGUGAUGAAUGUAUUGGUUUGAGGCCCUAUAACACUCCCAGGGAAGAAAAAAUAAAAAAUACCAGUUCCAAUCUAGUGAAUAGAAUACGCAGAAAUGAAAUACUACCUUUACCUCCCUAUGAUGGAAACCUUGACAUCAAUAGCAAUUAUACUGGUUUUGUUGAAGUGAUUGUUCAUGGAAAAGCUAAACCUUAUUUUAUGGCCGCGUAUAGUAAUUAUCUCGAUAUGAUGAAUCCUGGACCAGAAGUCGUGGCAGCUCCUGCUGCUGGCACUCUUAGUCUUAUUGUACAAAUUUUGUGCGGUUUGAUUGUUGUUAUUCUCAUUCUACUUGGAGCAUUAUGUGUAUUGCAUCGAUACACAAAGCAAGCUCAUGCACAGGCAGUUGAAAUGAUAACAUUCAGGACAUCUCUGAGGAGCCUUAGGGGUCGACAAAGGUUAGUUUCAUUAAAUCCGCCAGACAUGUGUCCAAUAAGCAAAGAAGAUCUUGUUUCGGCUUACAUAGAACAUCACCGAGAUUCAGAUUAUGGGUUCCAGCAAGAAUUUGAACUAUUACCAGAUCGUUUCUCCGAUAGAACGACACGGGCAUCAGAUGCAAGAGAAAAUGUAUACAAAAAUAGAUAUCCGGACAUUAAAGCCUAUGACCAAACACGAGUCAAGUUAUCCCAAGUAGAUAGUAUCGCUGGCUCUGACUACAUAAAUGCAAAUUAUGUUUUGGGUUACAAAGAAAGAAAAAAGUUCAUUUGUGCUCAAGGACCAAUGGAUACUACUGUAAAUGAAUUUUGGCGAAUGAUUUGGGAACAACACCUAGAAUUAAUACUCAUGCUCACUAAUCUUGAAGAGUACAGUAAGACAAAAUGUGCUAAGUACUGGCCUGAUAAGACUGAUGGAGAAAAAAUAUUUGGAGAUAUUACUGUUACUCAUUUACAGGAAACACGAUACUCUGAUUAUAUUGUUAGAGAUUUAAAGAUUUUAAGAACCAACAACGGCAAAGAACUGGAAGAACGAAAUAUAACACAGUAUCAUUAUUUAGUGUGGAAAGACUUCAUGGCACCAGAACAUCCCAACGGAAUAAUCAAAUUUAUAAAAAGGAUUAAUGAAGCUUAUUCAGUAGAAAAGGGUAGCAUUCUGGUUCACUGUAGUGCUGGCGUAGGUAGAACUGGUACUCUUGUAGCACUUGAUUGUUUACUCCAACAGCUAAGAGAAGAGGGACAUGUUUUUAUUUUUAAUACUAUUUGUGAUUUGAGGCAUCAAAGGAAUUUCCUGGUGCAGUCUUUGAAACAAUAUAUUUUCAUAUAUCGAGCAUUAAUGGAAGUUGCUCAGUAUGGCGAUACUGAAAUAAGUGCUAGUGAACUGAAAUGUAUAUUGGAUAAAUUGAAACAAUGUGAUAAUGGCAAAACCAAAUGUAAAUUAGAAGAAGAAUUUGAAAAUAUAGUCAACGCUUUUGAGGACAGGAAAUCCUGCUCAGUAGCAAGUGGGGAAGAGAACAGGGAAAAAAAUCGCUGCGAUAACAUAAUACCUUAUGAUAGAAAUAGAGUUAUACUUACUCCCUUGGCAGGGAAAGAACAUUCCACUUACAUUAACGCUUCCUUCAUAGAAGGAUAUGACAAUAGGGAAACAUUCAUCAUUACUCAAGAUCCUCUUGAAUCGACAAUCAAUGAUUUUUGGAGGAUGGUUUCAGAACAAGGAAUAAGUGUUAUAGUAAUGUUAUCUGAAUUAGGUGAAGGUAAAUGUCCCAGAUAUUGGCCAGAAGAAGAGGAAGCAAACUAUGACCAUAUCAAUGUCAGAUAUAUCCAGGCAGAAUGUUGUCCAUAUUAUACAAGAAGAGAAAUGCUGGUCAAGAGCCGUGAUGGUGAGGACCAACCUGUGACACAUCUACAAUAUCAUGGGUGGCCCACAGUUGAUGGCGAGGUACCUGAAGUUACAAGAGGGCUCAUUGAAGUUGUGGAUCAUUCUCAAACAAUGUUAGUGAGUAAUGGCUGUUCACCCUCCAUAGUGGUUCAUUGUAAUUUAGGUUCAGACAGAAGUUCAAUGUUUGUUGGACUUAGUAUCCUUGUACAGCAACUUAGGACAGAAAGGAGAGUUGAUAUUUUUACUGUUACACGAAAGUUGAGGUCUCAGAGGCAGGCCUUAAUCAAUUCAUAUGCACAAUAUGAAUUUCUUCAUCGAGCUAUUGUAAAUUAUGCAGAACUUCAUGGUCUUUGUGAACCAUGAAUGUGAAAAAUGUGGUGCCAUACAUAACUUUCAUUCCAAAAAAAUCCUUAUUGGUCUCACUGAUAAUUAGGUAUUUUUGUAUAAGUAAUUUAUAUAUUCUAAGAGUGAUGUAAAUUAGUUGAAAGAUAUUAAUUUUUAGUUUAAAACCAAAACAUUUUGUUCAGAACCAAAGGACUUUAUAAUAAGGUUUCAUUUUUAAGCAGUAAGUUCAAUGUUCAUUUUGAAUAGAUAAGAAAAUGUUAAACUUUGCUCAAAUUAGAGCUGCCAUAUUCAGCAAAUACCUCUGAUUCACAUAACUGAAUUGAAUUAUUUUGUUCAUUCGUGAAAUUGUCUAGGAUUGCACAUUACUGGAAUCACAUAUUCAGAUGUUUAGUGCCAUAAGUAAAUGAAACAUUUCUUCUUGAUUCAAUAGUUUGUUCUGAAAUAACAGUUAACAAAUACUUUUUUUUCCCAAAAGUGUACUUUCAUGGUUACCAGUGCAUAAAUAAUCUCUCUCAUUUCCUCAAAGUGAUGUCUUGUAAAGUAAACGGAGGGUCCCAUGAAAAGGGGUUUUAUGUAAAAUAUACGGUUUUUUUAAUCCCAAAGAGAAAUUGGCAUGUGGUUUGAAGGAUAUUGAAAAAAUUGCUUUUUAUAACAGCCUCAAAAAAGGGGUUAAACGAAAGAGUUCUUUACAUUACCCGAAAUGCAGAGCCAUGUGUCAACACUAAAACCAGUUGUGCCAUAAUUUCUAUUUUCAGAAAAUUCACACUCAUUGACAAAAUGUCCGACCUUGUUCUUCAAUUCAAAAUAGGUUUUUCAAGGAAAAGUCAAAUUUCAGUCUAUCACACUCUAAUUGAAUCGUUAUAUACAUACAUAAACUACUCAAUAUUUAUAUUUGAAAUUUCUGUUAGCUUUGACCCCUCAUUUACUAAUGAAGUCCUUAUUCUUAUUGAAAUAUUCCAUAACCAUGAAUAGGUUCAUUUGUAGUCAAUUACUUGAGUCUACCUCAAUACAAUUUUCGUAAACUGAACACAUCCUCAUUCAGACCUUGAGCAUUAAAUGAUUCGCUUUAGUUCAGCCAUGGCUGAACAUGGCAGACUCUGUUAUUGGUAAUUGUACUUAUCUCGUGACGUCACACUAGCUUUCUACAACGCGCAGUUUUAAACUCGUUUAUCUUAAUAACAACAAAUACUACCAAUUUGAAAUUUUUGCCACUGUAUUCUGGAUGUAAAGCACUAUCAGAAUAUUUUACAAAUGCGCAAAAUAGAUUCGGUUGAACGACCCUAUUAUAGAAACAUUGGUUUUCCAAAUUGAAAAAAAUCAUAGAUUUGGUAUACUUGAAUGAGACUGAUAGCUUCAUUGAAUCUCGAAGUCUCCUUAAUUCAUUUCAACAUGUUUUUUGUCUCUACGAAUUCUGGUAUCACUAGUUAGCUAGUGUGCAUGAUGCCCUGAAAUGGGACUAUUUACUCUUUUUUGAUCAGAGUAAAGCAUUUUACAGAGUCAAUCACAAUCUCAUUUUUGAGAAACUUCAUCACAUUGGUGUCUGUAGGACACUACUGAAAUGGUGAAAACAGAUUUUACCGCAAAGAUCGCUGUUGUACUCAUAAUUAUUUUUCUCAGCUGAAGAAUACAAAUUUAAUAGAUGUGUUGGUGGUAUCAGUUUCAAUUACAUAAAAAUAUUGGGAAAAUCAAGAGUUUUUGAAUAACUGAAGAACCAAAAAAACAUUCGAUAUAAAGAAUCUCAGUAUGAGUUAUGAUUUCCAAGUUACGGGCAGCUGAAGAAUACAAAUUCAAUAGCUGUGUUGGUGGUAUCAGUUUCAAUUAAAAAAAAAUAUUGGGGAAAUCAAGAGUUUAUGAUAACUGAAGAACCAAAAAAACAUUCGAUAUAAAGAAUCUCAGGAUUAGUUAAUGAUUUCUAAGUUACAAAUUUUGUGAAUCACUAAGACAAUGGUUCGUAGAAGUCUGAUCUUUAUGAUAUGGUAAAGUUCCGGCAACACCGCACACCUAGAAAGACGAACUUUCACCAAGUUUUCUCUGCAACUACUCUCCUCUUCAGCUUGUUGUUUUAACUGCACAUUUUUCAUUCUACAAAUACUUGAUCAGAUUUUUUAAACUAAACUGGUUUAAUGAAAGGUGAAAAGUGUAAAAAUAGUUUUAAUAGUUUGUCUCAAUGAAAAAUCUGGCACUUUAUUGAUGGUAGGUCCUCCAAACUUGACAAGAUAUUUUUAUGUUAGAAAUGUUCUUCAGAAAUAAUUUUCAGGUACUGUUACAAGUUUCGGCUAUAUCUAUUCAAAUAAUAUAUGGUGAAUUGGAGGUAUCUUUAAUGAUACGUAAUCAAGUGAUUUUGAACAAAUUGCUCUCUUUAGGUUUAUUUCAUUUCAUCGUUUUGAUGGUUUAGAAGUAGACUUAGAUGGACGGACACACUUUCUUACCCUAGAAUUUUUGUUUUUUGAUAAUUCAAUCAGUAACAUUCUCAAAUAAUAACUACUGUGAAUAGAAAUGUAUUUUUUUUUCAAUAACAGAAUUUAGGUAAAACAUAGUUUCUGUGAACAAGGUUUCGUGGGUUGCACUUUAUGCAAACUAAGAUUCAUAACCUAUCAUGCACAAUAUCAUUGUUCAAAGAUUUAAUUUGAUCUUUGUGACAAAUAACUAUGAAUGAAUAACCAGUUCAUGUUGUCCCAUUUAACUUUACUUAUUUUUAUACUUCAAGAAAUUAUGAACAGUGAAGUUAGACAAAACUUACCUAGUUCUGUGAUGUGUGUUGUGUGUAUUUAAGGAAUUAGUUUAUUCAUAUUGAAUUAUGUAUUACUUUUUGAGUCCUCUAUAAAUGAUUUCAGAUUAGAACACAUUUUUGAUAGUUCAUUUUAUGAUGUUAUUUCAAGCUCUGCUAUCUCUGAUAUGGAUUUCCAAUUAGCAUUGGAACAUAAAUUUGAUUCAACCAUUCAAUCUGUGUAAUAAGUCUGUAUCAGAAGUAUGGAUAAAAAAUUAUAGGAAAAAGAUCGUUUAAAUUUUUGUUUCAAAUCAAGGAUGUGUGUAUAUUGAAUUGGUGAAAAUUCGAGGCAGAUAUUUGAAUAAUGACAAUUUUGAGAGAUCUUCCAAUACUGCCGUCAGAAGGUUUAAAUAGCUAUUGAAGUGUCUGGGAAAUAUAUGUUUGGUCUUGGAUGGUUUUAGAAAUUUUAAGUUCUUUUGCGAGGUUUUGGCAUUUGAAUCAGAUGUCAAUGACAUAACCCCUCAGGACGUCUUCAAUCCAUGAGUUUUUUUUUUU